ACAGCCGACUUGUGACAAUCAUGCAUGUAUGCAUGUAUCUAAAUUAUCGUGAUUUCCAAAUAAUGUAAACUAAGUAGAGAAUUAUUAAAUACACUUACCAUUGUUGCAAAACUGUGACUAUGGUACUUACAAAAAAAGAGAAAUUUCAAGUAAAACAAAAAAAAGGUGAUAUUGAAGUCAGUAAUGGUGUUAACGGCUUUAAUACUUGUACCUGCCACGAAGAUUCUUAUGCAAAAACAGAGGGUUCUUAUAAAACAUGGACGCAUGAAGCCUGCGAAAAAAAAAAUACGUCACGUUGCAUAACUGUACCAAAAACAUCCAGCAAAAAGAAAGUCGUAAAGAAUUAUGAUACUGGUGGAGUAAAAAACCAUGACAUCGGGGGAAUCAAAAGAAUAUAUUCUCCCUUCAACAAAUUCAAUGUAGACCGACCGAAACAAAUUGUUAAAACGAUGCCGAAAAGUCCUUUCAUCAUUCCUCGAAAUGGGCUUUCUCCCAAAGAAAGAAGCUUCAUAAUAUGUAGCUGUCAAUCGAAAACCACGCGUUACAUUGGACUCAAGACAAGAGCUCUCGAAGCUAUGAAAUUUAAAAAAAUAUUUACGAUUUACGGGAAAGCGAACACAGUAAGGACAGCUUUAACUAAACGGGGCUGGGUCGAAAAAAUACCACCUAAUCGCAUGAAUCUUUCAAAAAUUAGAGAAAAUAAGCUUAAUUCAAAAUCCGAGAUUAACGAGGAAUUAGAGCGAUUUCUUUUGUCAAAUAUGGUUGAACGACAAGCUGCAAAUUUUAUUUGGGGUACAUCAGGAAACAUUAACGAUCUUUCAAAAAAACAUAAUGUCUAUGCUAAAGAAACCACAAAUGUUUCUACCCCACUUAUGAAUAAACUAGUAGUCGAAACGUUGUGGACCACCAAGCAAGGUUUGUGCAACUCUUUGAAAGAAAGUUACUGGUAUUACAUAGAAGACGUGGCGGAAUUUGAUACACCCAGGACGUACAGCAAUACUAAUGACGAUGAGAAAGCAGAUUUCAUAAAAGAUUACAAACUGACUGCUUGCACUAGCUUGUUAAAAUGGACUGUUUCAAUGGUGGCAAAUAAUAGACCCAUUUUUACGGAUGCAGGAAAAAUUUCUAUGAAUGUAAUGGUUUUUGCCUUAAAUCGGUGUAAAGAAUACUUGUAUGAGAAACAAAAUAGAGAUAUCGAUAGGGAAAUAUAUAGCACAGCUACAGCGGGGCAAUGGAACUCGUUUUUAAAGAAAUAUUAUAUUUUAAUAAGCAACAAUGACGUAUUUCAUACAGAUGUAGACCAAAAACUACCUCUUUAUAUUGACUAUGCAAAAUUAUUGCUGAGAGAAAUUCACAAAUACCGACCGCAACUAAGCUGCGAAGGUUCUCACAAUAUUUGGAUUGUUAAACCAACACAUUGCUCUAGGGGUAGAGGUAUUAAAUUGGCCUCAAAAUUAAAUGAAAUAACUGAUAUGAUCAAUAGAGGAUGCUCUAAAUACGUUGUUCAAAAGUACAUUGAGGAUCCGUUGUUGAUUCAUGAAACAAAAUUUGAUAUAAGACAAUACUAUCUAAUUACAAGCACAUGUCCAUUAGUAAUAUGGAUGUACAGGGAUUGUUAUUUAAAGUUUAGUUCACAAAAGUACAAUCUCGGUAACUUUCACGAGUCCAUACAUCUUACCAACAACGCAGUUCAAAAAAAGUAUAAAAAUUGUAAUGAACGACACAAUGAUCUUCCACAACAUAACAUGUGGGAUUUAGAUACAUACAAAAAAUACUUAAAUAAGAUCGGAAAAGAAUUGGUUUGGGACCAUUUAACAUACCCUGCCAUGAAGAAAGCAAUAGUUGGAAUUAUGUUAACUUACCAAGACUCUUUGUCCCCAUCGAAAAAUUGUUUUGAAUUAUACGGUUGUGACUUCAUACUUGAUAAAGACUAUCGACCUUGGUUAAUUGAAAUUAACCAAGGUCCUGAUUUGAAUCCCACGACUCAAGUAACGGCAAAGAUCUGUCCAGAAGUCAUAGAAGAUAUUAUCAAAGUUGUAAUCGAUUAUGCUUGCAACCCACGAGCGUCGACUGGAAAAUUUGAAUGCUUAUAUCGCACACCAACACUAACGCCUGUUCGCUAUGGUAUGAACGAAUUAGAAGUUAUUGGAGUUCAAUUACCGCUUGACUAUUUCUAUACAGGGAAGAUAGAAGUGGAAGGUAGCUCUUAUACCUCACAUAUUAAUGAUCAACGAGAUAUAAAUAAAAUGCUAAGAAGGCUAAAAUCCAUGUAUCAAUCAGAUAUUAUGAAAGUACCAGACUGCGACGAGUAUUGGGAUAACUUAGACCAGGAGACCUGCAACAAAAAGUCACACACAGACGUCGUAAAAAAAGACCAUACUGAACAAGUUGACGAAUUAAUAGUUGAGAAAAUUCCUUCAGAUCUCAGCAUCACUUCGAAAAGAGUGAGCGAGUGUCAAAAUUCUACCUCAAUAUCAUCCAUUAACUUGUUAAAAAAAUGUUACAAGUCGAAGAGUGCGGCUAAUUCGAAUUCAGAUUUGAAAAAAUCUCCUAGUAAAUGCACUUCGGCGAUGGCGUGUAAAGUUCCUUUUUCGUUUAGUAAAUUAGACGACGGCUCCGACAGUAAACCAAGCGGUUAUUUAUUAUUACCUGGUACAUCGAAUGGUACAGCUAAUGGUACACCGCAAGGUGGUACCAAAUAUUCAAAAUAUAAAAUUUUAAAUAAUGAAGUUAAAGAAAAUAUAAAUCUUGUUCCAAAUAAAAAAACAGUCAAAGAAAUAACUAAAAAAAUUUUCGAUUUUUUAGAAAUGAAAGAAAAUGAAUAUAAAUUUAAUACUUAAUCGAUUCUUUCGCUAAAAUACCUCGACCGAAAUAAAUACUAUACCGCUGAUUUUUUCAUUGUGAUUUAAGAAACAUCACCAUACCUAAAGAUGUUGGUUUCAUAUUUGUAGACGGUCAGAAUUGAAACUGGUAUUUUAAGAUACCUCAAGUCAAGCUCAAACACAUUCGAGCCUGAGCAACUAAUAAAGAACUAUACCUGCAUGCCUAAAGUAAUGCAGUCUAACAGUUUGAACCGGAUCCUAAAUUAUCAAGAAUGUUACAUUAGGUUCCCUAGAAUUCGAAUCCUUUUUAUAUCAACCGGAUUUGACGAAUUUGUAGAUGUUAUGCAUUAUGUUAUAUGCAGUAUUAACAUUAGUCCCAGUCUCAAAAUAUGUCCGGAUAUGAUGUACAACGAUGUGUUUUGUUAGCAACUUGUUGAUAUAUUACCAAAUGCAUUCAGGUUAUAAACAUUAUCCUUCUAGAUAAUCAUAGUAUAUAAAUUGGACAUUGUCAAGUUUGCGCCUUACUCCCGUUUUUCGGGACGAUUUUCAGAGAAUCUAUACGUCUCUGCAACUAACUGAAAUUACCGCCUUAAAGCAAUAGACCAACAAACAAAAUGACAUUCAUAGUUUAAAAAAGUAAAUUGUGGACACUGGACAGAGACGAUUUUCCUUCUAUACCCCUCAAUUAUGAAAAAAUACAACCCACUGGAUACAUCACACCCAAGCGUCUGUCGUUGUGUUUGUUGCACUCAGCCUUUUUCGAUCGUAUUUUUUAGUUUGAAAUUCUACGUCGGUAUAUCGAUUGACAAAUUGUCGUCGGUAUCGAUUGAACAGUAGCUUGAGAA